AUGGGUUACCCAGACACAUUCGAGGGUUUCAUGAUCAAGGAUCAGAAGAACUGGACUGACUUCCACAAGCAAGAGUUCAAGCCCAAGAAGUUUGGAGAACACGACAUCGACAUCCAGAUCGAGUGCUGCGGUGUGUGCGGAUCUGAUGUCCACACCAUCAACGGAGGAUGGGGCGAGGCACCGCUGCCAAUCUGUGUCGGUCACGAAGUCGUCGGCAAGGCUGUCAAAGUCGGAGAUGCUGUGACAACCUGCAAGCUCGGCGACCGUGUUGGCGUCGGUGCUCAGAUCUGGGCUUGCCUCAAAUGCCCCCAGUGCAAAAGCGACAAUGAGAACUACUGCCCACACAUGGUCGACACCUACGGCGCUCCUUACCCCAAAGAGGUCGAUCCAGACGAGACGAUCUCCCAAGGCGGUUAUGCCUCUCAUAUCCGGGCCCACGAGUACUUCGUCUUUCCGAUCCCUGAUGCCAUCCCAUCACACCUCGCUGCUCCCAUGCUCUGUGCGGGACUGACAACCUGGAGUCCCUUGGUGCGGGCUGGAGUUGGUCCCGGAAAAAAGGUAGCGAUAGUCGGAUUAGGGGGGCUCGGGCACUUCGCCGUCAUCUGGGCGAACGCCCUGGGUGCUGAGGUGACGGUCAUCUCCCACUCUCCCCACAAGAAAGACGAUGCUCUGAAGCUGGGUGCAAAAGAGUUUGUGACAAACAACGAGAAGGGCUGGGCCGACAAGUACCAGUUCGCAUUCGACUUUGUGCUCAACACGGCCGACAUGACCCACACCUUUGACUUGAGCGAGUAUUUGUCCCUCUGCAACGUUAACGCCACCUUCCAUCAGGUCGGUCUACCUGACGAGGCUCUUCCACCUCUGAAGGCUCAAAUGUUCAUGAGCAACGGCAGCUCAAUUGGCGCUAGCCAUAUCGGAAACAGACCCGAGGCUUUGGCCAUGUUGAAGUUGGCAGCAGAGAAGCAGCUCUUCCCCAUGGUCGAAACCGUGCCCAUCUCAGAAAAGGGGUGCGCAGAGGCGGUAUCUCGAGUCGCUGACAACAAGAUCAAAUACCGAUUCACGCUGACCGAUUACGACAAGGUAUUUGGUUCAGGCAAAUGA